UCUCUUUUAUCCUAAUUUAAUCGUUAUCUGUCUUUACACCAUUUCGUUGCUGUUCAGGUGCGAGUUCGAUUUUUUACUUUGUUAAUAAUUUUCUUGUAUUAGUUUUUCUUUUAAAUAGUGAUUUUUGCGUUUAUUAAUCAUGACCAGUGUGGAAACGGUGGGAACUGUAGUUCUAAAGUUAUUAAAGCUUACACUAAAUGUUAUCAUAAUAGUUCUGUACCGUACGGGAUCUGAUGGGACCUUUUUAGGAGUGGGUGGCACUUGGAAUUUGGCAGAAAGGAAAAACGCAGAUGCCGAAAUAUUUGCGUCAGGUGUAUUUAUCGGUUACGCCAUUUACACAUUCACAUCGUUGGUAGCGUUAUGUUUUGCCAGCGGUGAUCAUAAAAACACCUUUACGGAUAUUCUCAUGAACAUCGUUGGUAUAUUUUUAUGGGUGGCUGUGGGAGCAACAGCCCUUCACUACUGGCAUGGUUACCUGGCUGAACACAAAUAUACAUACGUCAAUUCCGAGAGACAGGUUGGGUUGGCAUUAGGAUCUCUAUGUGUCCUCAACGGUGCAGCUUAUCUCGUGGAUUCAGUCUUAUCAGUUAUUUUCAUUAUAAAGGCCAAAAUGCAAUAGUAAACGAAUACAAAGUGUUAUACGAACAAGUUCUAGUGUUAAGUAGAUCAUCAUCCUUCAAAUAUUUAUGUUUUUUUUAGAAUCAUAUCAAAACGAACUUUGUGGUACAAAUUUUUAUAUUAUUAAGCUGGCUCCAUAAUAUUUUUUAUACCAUAUGAUCGAAAAAGAGUUUCGAGUUGGCUUUGAAAUGACGAUCGUUGACAUUUCCCAUAUAACGUUUAAUAAAAAAUGACAGUGAUCUUCAUUUCCAAGCCAUCGCUGACGCUUUUUUUCCGAUCUUAUAGUAUUACAAUUUAAUUACUUUUAUCAAUUAUAUAGAUAUCUAACGUACUAAUCUAUUUAAUUGACAUUUUGACAUAUUAAUUGCCAAACCAGUUGUUUUUUUAUUUAUGUAUGUGUUAUGAAAUGUAAUGUUAUUAUGAAUAGAUUUUAUUAUUAUGCGUAGCUUAGUU